UGCAAUUGUGCAACUCGUGUAUGGUGAUAUCGGACCUUUAGAUCCAGGUAUUCUUGGUAUGUCUAAGGAAUGUUGGGCUAAAACCAAAUUGGAGAUCGACCGGUGCUCUAAUCGGAUAACCAGUGAAUGGGAUACACUCAUGAAAAACAAUGACAAAGUGACCAAAAAUAAGACAAGAGAUGACCACUUGUUUACCUGUUGCUACCCAUACGACUGGUUUGAUGGCAUCGUAACUAUAGUCCAGGCGAAAUGCGAUCACAAAGACGCGGACAAAAUGACAGAUAGUUUCAACCAAUUUAUUAAAUCUAAUCCGAGUUGUGAUGACUUUCCGUACAAAUGCAAGGAAUGUGCGGAUUUCAAGAAAGUCUCGACUCUGGGCCCCAUUCCCGUCAUAGACCCGACGUCGGGCACCGAUAUCGCCGACACUAUUAAACUCAAUAUGACGGCAGUGUCGGCAGUCGUGUCGACCGAGUGCUCCAAAGCAAUGCAAACCCAAAACGCCGUUUGUGUCGAUCAGAUGCGCCUUUACUAUAAUUACUUGAUUUCAGUCGAGGAUAAAAGCAAUGACACGCUUGUGGUCAUCCGGUGUUGUCUCAUAUGGGAUUUGGUCCAAUGCAUGGAUGAAGUAGCCCUGGAGAGAUGUGAGGAAAAGGAUUACAAGUCGAUGCACACGUGUCUGCAAAACAAUUCGCAGUCAAUUUGUCCGGAAUAUAAAAAUUAA